AUAUUGCACAGGUUUAAAGUAGAAACAAUGCGUGCCUUUUGUAUUUUCGCUAUCCUGUGCACCGGAAUUUUCUCCGUAGAAUGUUGUGGGAAAACAAAGAGAGGAGUGUACUGCAAGAACCGCAGGUACGUUGAUUACCCGGAGUACUUGUGCACCGGCGUGAAACCUACGCACUGUCCCCAGUGGCAAAUUAGGUGCGCAUGCGAUAAAAACUUGUACAGGAAAAGCAACGGAGAUUGCGUGGAGUUGAAAGACUGCGAAUCGGUGGUUACGGGAGCAGAGGAUGCUGGCGGAUUUGAAAAACCACCAUUCACUAUACCCCCAAGAAAAGACAAAACUGACCUUACUACGAAAACCAGAGCGCUUGUACGAAGGCCGGAAAGACUUGAAAUCGUGAUGGCAGCUGAGGACCAAUGGAUUGACGAAGAAUGUAUCUGCAUUAAGUCCACUUUCCUUGCCAGUACUGACACGGGAUCAGAGCGCACGUUUGGCUGUUACAAGUAUGCACCAUUCAUCACUGACCUUCUCCUUCAACUAGGCGUCCAUAACACACUGGACGAGCUCAUCGAGGCCCAACGCCGCUCUCAGCUGGAGAGACUCACACUCACAGCGACGGGCCGCCACAUCCUCACCUCGCUCGGUAUCACCUACCACCAUCAACAUGGUCAUAAACACCAGAUCCCCUCCACCAUACGAGCCUGGAUUCACGCUGACCCUAUCCCCAGAAACAUGCACCCCGAAUACAACCGCGCAAUCCGCACAGCAUGUGCCACGGCUCUCACCAAAGCCCUUGCUCGCAACGACGGUCUCCAACAAGCCUGCGAGGCGGCGAAGAGGCAACACCUCGACGUGCCCACGUGGGAAGCCUAG